AUGGCUGCAGAGCUACCGGAUGUUUGGAACGGUUAUUAUAUUGGAACUGCAAGAAUUGGUGAAGGGAUACAUGGUACCAUCUACAAGGCUAUCGAUGAGGAGCGUGCAAGAAAUAUGGUUACAAUCAAGAAAGUCAAAAUGAAUUUAACGGUUGAGAAUGGUGUGCCAUCUGCAGUGUUACGAGAAAUCACACUUCUUAAAUUACUGCAACAUCCAAACAUCGUUUCGUGUGUUGAAGGUAUUUGUCCUCUUAACCAAGAAGCUAGUUUGGAUGGGAGUAAUGAACAAGUGGAGGAAACGAAAUUCGACGUAAUAAUGGGCGACGAUCAACUAUAUCUGGUGUUUGAAUUUGUUAGUAUGAAUCUAAAGUGUUACAUCGGCAAAAUUCCUGAUGACAAAUGGAUGGAUAAAGCUGAGGCCAGUGUGCAGAAGUCGUAUUUGUAUCAGAUCCUCCAAGGUAUCUAUUAUUGUCACCAAAGAAAUAUUCUGCAUCGUAAUUUAAAGCCUCAGAAUUUACUUGUUGACGAGAAAGGUCGCCUUAAGCUUGCUGAUUUCUGUUUCGAUGAAACAGUUAACUCUUUGGGGAGACACCACACGCAAGAGGUUUAUAUUCGAUUUUAUAAAGCUCCGGAAUUACUAUUUGGUUUGAUUAAUUGCACAUCGGCAAUAGACAUAUGGAGCAUCGGAUGCAUUACUGCCGAAAUGGCUGUGAAGCAAGCACUGUUUCCUCCGGGCGAUUCAAAUAUUGAUCAGAUUUUUCGCAUUUUUAAAGUGCUAUCGACUCCAUGUGAGGAAGUAUUACACGAACUGACAAAUAUACCAAAUUGUUCGGAAACAUUCCCUAAGUGGACGAAUAAUCACCUUCAUGAAAUUCUUAAUCGCUCUAUGGAUGCUGAUGGCAUUGAGAUUGUGCAGAAAAUGUUGAAUUAUAAGCCGUCGGGACGAAUCUCUGCGAAAGAGCUUUUGGAAGAUCCAUACUUCGCUGAUGUCGAUCGAACAAAGCUUCCAAUUAGCGAGUAUUGA